UUGUGUCAGUUUCUUCCUGAACUUUUCAAGCUUUUGCGACUUUUCAUCGAAACUGAAAAAUUGACAAACAUGGGUGCGUGUUUGGCGCUGGGUUCCCUGGCCAGCUGUGCGUCUUGUUUGUGCGGCUCGGCCUCCUGCCUCCUGUCAUCAUGCUGCCCUUCGACUUACAAUUCCACCAUUAGCCGGCUGGCCUUCUCCUUCCUGCUGCUUCUCGGGACUCUGGUGUCUGUCAUUAUGAUUCUCCCGGGCAUGGAGGAGCAUCUUAAAAAGAUUCCAGGUUUUUGUAUGGGUGGCUCAAGCAUACCUGGAAUAGAGAACAAGGUGAAUUGUGACAUCAUCGUGGGCUACAAGUCUGUGUACCGCAUGUGCUUCGCCAUGGCCUGCUUCUUCUUCCUCUUCUCCAUCAUCAUGAUUCGAGUGCGCAGCAGCAAGGACCCCCGAGCUGCCAUCCAGAAUGGUUUCUGGUUCUUCAAGUUUCUGAUGCUGGUUGGCAUAACUGUGGGAGCUUUCUUCAUUCCAGAUGGCAUCUUUAAUUCAGUGUGGUAUUACUUUGGCGUGGUGGGCUCUUUCGUCUUCAUCAUCAUCCAGCUCAUCCUCCUGGUGGACUUUGCCCACUCCUGGAACCAGGCGUGGCUGGAAAAGGCAGAGAAUGGAAGUCCCAAGUGUUGGUUUGCAGCUCUUCUGUCCUUCACCUUCAUCCAUUACGCUUUGGCUUUCGCUGCUAUCGUGCUCUUCUAUAUAUUUUACACUCAACCUGAUGACUGCGCACUGCACAAGGUCUUCAUCAGCCUUAACUUCAUUUUCUGCAUCAUUGUGUCCAUCGUGGCCGUUCUGCCCAAAGUUCAGGAGGCUCAGCCCAGCUCAGGUCUGCUCCAGGCCUCCCUCAUCUCCCUUUAUACCAUGUAUCUCACCUGGUCUGCUAUGAGCAACAACCCGAACCGCCAGUGUAACCCCAGUCUGUUGAGUUUGGUCCAGCCCAGCACUACAACUCUAGCACCAGGACCUGUUCUUCCUACCCCAGCCCCGGGAAAUGUCCAGUGGUGGGAUGCACAGAGCAUCGUGGGAUUGGUCAUUUUCUUGUUCUGCACUCUUUAUGCCAGCAUCCGCUCGUCUAACAACUCCCAAGUGAACAAGCUGAUGCAGACCGAGGAAGGCCAGGGUCUGACCGCUGACUACGACGCCGCUACAGGGGAGGAUGGAGUCCGACGGGCCGUGGACAACGAAGAGGAGGGAGUGACCUACAGCUACUCCUUCUUCCACUUCAGCCUCUUCCUGGCCUCUCUCUACAUCAUGAUGACCCUCACCAACUGGUACAAGCCCGACACAGACUACGAGGCCAUGCAGACCACCAUGCCGGCUGUCUGGGUGAAGAUCUGCUCCAGCUGGCUGGGCUUGGCCCUGUACCUCUGGACCCUCGUGGCCCCGCUGGUGCUCCCCGACAGAGACUUCAGCUAAGCACGGCGAAGUCUGUCGGCACGUGGCUGCCGGCCUGUUGGCAUUUGCACCUUGAGUAAAGAUAGCUGUAGUUUAUAAAGCUUCUGCUUGAAUGUUUACUACAACUCAGCAGUUAAAAACGGAAAUUGUAAUCUGCUUUAUUAUUUACCUCAGGUCACUGCUCACACUUUCUGCCAUGUUGACGUUUUGUGGCUCAAGGUAAAAUAAUCUUUUGCAGACACAGAAGAUUGUUAAAGUUUUAAACGCAUUCCAGACUUUCACCUCAGGUCAGUUUUUUACUCUACAAAUACUAUAAUUGAGAGCACUACAAGCCCUUUAUAAGACCAAAUGGAUUAGAAAUGAUAUCAGAAGGGAACUAAUGUCUUUGUUUCACGAAUUACACUGUGCUUGUACUGGUUUUUUGUCACUACCGUCAAAUCACUUUGAUUUCAUGGGGCAAUGUUUAAAUCUCUAAAAUCUACUUUUUCUAGUUCUGCAUUUUUAUGGCAUAGUUUUGUGCUCAAUUUUUAUAAAGAAGAGUGCCUUAUUAUAUUGUGCAGUCAAUUAAAUCUAAAGUUUUUGUGACAAUCAUUUUUCUGUAAGGUUGUUUUCUCGCUAAAUGUUCUCUUUUCAUUAUAAACAAUAAAGCUAACGUUCUGUUCGUCUCUAA